GCCGGUAAACAGAGGAGGGAUAAAAGCUCCAAGUCCAGACUCGGUUACAGAGACCAAAGACCACCGAAGACUUCUGCAGCAUCUGAUUCCUCGAAGAAACGGAGAUGUGGAGGCUGCUUCUGACCUCCUGUCUGCUCUGCUGGAGCUGUGAAGGCAUCCGUGUGAGCUGCAAAGAUGAAAGCAACCAUGAUGUGGACUGGUACAUCAUAUACAAAGGACCUGCUGGUUUAAGUUACAUCUUCAUCGAUCCAAGCGGACAAGUGACGAAGAAGAACAAUAUCAACUCUCCCACGGGUGCACUCGCAUACACACUGCAGCCCAUCUUUACACCCAUUCGAAGAAUGGAACAGAACUUUGGCUUCAUCAGCUACAGCGACCAGCCUCCAGGAUGCCAAGCAGAUUUCAGGCAGUUUGGCCACAGUAAAGGGGUUCUGAUGGUGGACAAAACCAGGACAGGGGUCUGGCUUCUACACAGCACACCACAGUUCCCUUACAGAAGAAACGAGAACAACUUCUGGCCUCCCAGUGGUUUAAAGAAAGGGCAGAUUUUUAUCUGUGCAACAUUCAAAUACAAUGAGUUCAAAAACAUCGGAAAACACCUGCAGUACAUCGGCGCAUUUCCAUAUGAACAUGAUAUUCCAGACAGCUUCCAUGAUGAACUGAAACACGCUGUCCAAUGGACCAAACUAACUCCACCCACCAGUGACUUCCCAACGCUGACAUCAGAUCAAGGAACAACCUUCAAAGCCAUUCCUAAGCAACAGUCAAACACUGAAGAAGAUGGAGACCUGUACUACACCAUCGCCAAAGACCUGAAGAGUGACAUGCUGGUCCAGGUGUGGGGCAACUAGCAGGACGAGUCCCACUGUGAGGCCGGAAAGUCUGUGCUCAACAUUGAGACCAUAAAAACUGAUGUGGGUCAGUGGAACCCUGCAGCUGACCACUCCAAGU